GUGUUAUCGAACACUUCUGACUUACCGCGCCGGCUGACAUCAGGCAGCAGGACACAUUACAGUAUGGCUGCCACGCAGCAGAAACCGCUACCAGCGUCAGGGACGGUGGCUGAGUUCAAGAAGACAAAGAAUUGCUCCUGGGCCUCAUACAUGACCAAUUCCCCAACUAUGAUAGUGAUGAUAGGGCUGCCUGCCAGAGGGAAGACUUACAUGGCCAAGAAACUUACUCGCUACCUCAACUGGAUUGGAGUGCCGACAAAGGUGUUUAACCUCGGAGUUUAUCGAAGAGAAGCCGUCAAGUCCUACAAGUCCUAUGACUUUUUCAGACAUGACAAUGAAGAGGCGAUGAGAAUAAGAAAACAGUGUGCUCUGGUGGCUCUGGCUGAUGUUAACGUUUAUUUAAAUGAAGAAGGAGGACAGAUCGCUGUCUUUGAUGCUACCAACACAACCAGAGAGAGAAGGGACCUCAUUCUCAAUUUUGCCAAAGAUAAUGCUUUUAAGGUGUUUUUUGUGGAAUCAAUAUGUGAUGACCCAGAUGUCAUUGCUGCUAAUAUACUGGAUGUGAAAGUGUCCAGCCCAGAUUAUCCUGAGAGGAACAGAGAGAGUGUCAUGGAGGACUUCCUGAAGAGAAUAGAGUGUUACAAAGUCACCUACCAACCGCUGGAUCCAGACGAACACGACAAGAAUUUGUCCUUCAUUCAGGUCAUAAAUGUUGGCUGCCGUUUCUUGGUCAACAGGGUGCAGGACUACAUCCAGAGUAAAAUCGUCUACUACCUCAUGAACAUCCACGUGCACUCGCACUCCAUCUACCUCUGUCGCCACGGGGAGAGCCAACACAACACCGAGGGACGCAUCGGAGGAGACUCUGAGCUGUCGGACAGAGGGAAAAAGUUUGCAGCAGCUCUGAAGGAUUUUGUUGAAGAACACAAGUUAUCAGACCUGAAGGUUUGGACCAGCCAGCUGAGACGUACCAUCCAGACGGCAGAGGAACUUGGGGUUCCUUACGAGCAGUGGAAGAUCCUGAAUGAGAUCGAUGCUGGAGUGUGUGAAGAGAUGACUUACAAAAUGAUAGAGGAAACUUACCCAGAGGAGUUUUCCAUGAGAGACCAAGACAAGUAUAACUACCGCUACCCUGGAGGAGAGUCCUACCAGGACCUGGUCCAGCGGCUGGAGCCUGUAAUCAUGGAGCUGGAACGCCAGGGCAAUGUUCUGGUCAUCUGUCAUCAGGCCGUCAUGCGCUGCUUACUCGCAUACUUCCUGGAUAAAGGAGCAGACGACCUCCCUUACCUGAAGUGCCCCCUUCACGCCGUCCUUAAACUCACCCCUGUGGCCUAUGGUUGUAAAGUGGAUGUGUUUGACCUUAAGGUGGAGGCUGUCAAUACUCACAGGGACAGACCGCUGAAAACGGCUCACACUGAAGCAGCCACGCCUGCUUUCCUCAGAAGGAACAGCUUCACCCCACUGUCCAGCCAAGACCAGAUCAAACGACCUCGUCUUUACAGCAUGGGCAACCCACCUCAGACACGCACGUCCCAGGCCCCAGCUUUACCCAACAUGCAAUUCUCCGAGGCAUCGGAAGGAGCGGAGUUAACGCGCAAUGAGAAUUCGUUGGCCAGUUUCAGUGCUGGAGACACAGGUGAAUGUGUGCGAAGCUAAACACAGCCAUAGCCUAGAAUAUUAUACAAAGCCAUUGAUAUAACUCCUUUUAACUAGCAACAAUAUGACAUUAAUUUAUAUCCUGUUAGAACUCUUUGGUUUUAUGUUGCCUUCUACAUGUUGUGUGUGAAUAUGUUCACAUUAACACUGAAGUAAUAUGUGAAUUCAGUGAAGAAAUUUAAGAUUUGAAUUACACUGGAAAUGUUCUUGUUAUUUAAAAACAGAUUAACUACAUGUUCAAUUAUCAGCUGAAACAAAUAUAGUUAUCUGGUAAGGUGCCUUUCUUUAAAAGAUUUUAAGUACAAUGGCUGUAGCUGUGUUCCUGAAAUGCAAAGUAAUAUAAGUUGGCAGUACCACUUGUUGUCACAUGUCACCCUGAAACACACAAAUCUUAAUAAAUGGAAACCCAAGUGUUGGGUUUGUGUUGAAAAACAACACCUG